GGCGAUGCUGCCGCACGCGAAUCCCGCUGUCCUACACUUCCCGGCGCCCCGCGCGCAGGGCGGUGCCAGCGGAAGCGCGGCGCGGAUCCUUCCGGCUGUGCGCGCGCGCGCCGAGCGGAGGCGCGCCCCGAGCCUGCACCGACGAGACAAGAUGGCCGGGCUGCCCCGCAGGAUCAUCAAGGAAACCCAGCGCUUGCUGGCGGAGCCAGUCCCUGGGAUAAAAGCAGAGCCAGAUGAAAGCAACGCACGCUAUUUUCAUGUGGUCAUUGCAGGUCCACAGGAUUCCCCCUUCGAGGGUGGGACAUUUAAACUUGAACUAUUCCUUCCAGAAGAAUAUCCAAUGGCAGCUCCUAAAGUACGUUUCAUGACCAAAAUUUACCAUCCUAAUGUAGACAAGCUGGGAAGAAUAUGUUUAGAUAUUUUGAAAGAUAAAUGGUCCCCAGCUUUGCAGAUUCGUACAGUUCUGCUAUCAAUCCAGGCUUUGUUAAGCGCUCCCAAUCCAGAUGAUCCACUAGCAAAUGAUGUAGCUGAGCAAUGGAAGACCAAUGAAGCCCAAGCCAUAGAAACAGCCAGAGCAUGGACUAGGCUAUAUGCCAUGAAUAAUAUUUAAAUGCGCUUUGAACAUCAAGUGUGCAUCACUUCUCCUGUUCUGCCAAGACCUCUUCCUUUUUUUGUUUGCAUUUAAUGGACACAGUCUUAGAAACAUUACAGAAUAAAAGCCCAGACAUCUUCAGUCCUUUGGUGAUUAAAUGCACAUUAGCAAAUCUGUGUCUUGUCCUAAUUCACUAUUGUACCGCAUGAGCAGAGGCUAGAAGUAUCAUCUGGAUUGUUGUGAAAUUGUUUGAAAGCAGCAGCACAUCUCUGCUUUUAAUCAUUUUUCCCGUCAUGGUUUAAGUAUAAGCACUGUGAAUGAAGGUAGGCAGGGUUAGCUGCGGGGCUUUUUGUUUUAAUUUUGUGGGCUCCUCCUCCCUUUUUAUGGUGAUGCUAAUUGCAUUGGUAAAAGCAGCUAACCAGUUAUACUUUAGAAUAUACCCUCUAGCCCAGUCUAACUUAGACGCUGUAGAUGGACAAGCUUCAUUGUUUGAACAAAAAAUGGGAACAUUAAACAUCCACCACCUUCACUAAUAAUAUUGUGAUUCUGCUUUCAAGUGUAGAAAAAUCCCUCCAAGAAAAAGCUUGUGACCAUUUUGUAUGGCUUGUCUGGAAAAUCUCCUGUAAAUCUUAUGUUUUAGUAAAAUAUUUUUUGUUAUUCUACUUUGCCUUUGUACAGUUUAUUUUGCUGUGUUUUCAUUUCUCUAAUGUGACAAUCGUAUUUAAAAAAAUUGAAUCCAGAGUUGACAAUUUGUCUUCACCAGUCUGACAGAUUAAACAGUAAAGAGGUGGAGUUCACAAGGUUUUUUUUUUUUUUGCUUCCGUUUGCUGACUUUUUUUAAUAGUUUGUGUUAUGUGGGUGACCUUACCUGGUCAAUUUAACAUGAAAUUGCAUUUGGAGUGACUUUUAGAAACGAGUCUGAUGUAACAAUUGUAACCAUAAUUUUAGUAAUGCGUCUAUAUGUAUUUUCAUGGAAAUAACCAGAAUGAAGUAGGAGGUUGAGAGAAAACGACAGCACUAAUUAUGAGUAUCUACAUAACGUCUCAUUGCUGAUUGUCAUCAGAUGUUAUGCAGCACGGUUUUCUAACUACUUUAAUUCCUGCCCUCUCUUAACAUGAAAAACCAGUGUGUAGAACCACUGUUAUAGCCAGCUUGUGUAUUGACUGAUGUCUGCUUAACCACUUACAGCCAGCACCUCAUAACACUGGUUUUCUCUACAAGCCUUAUUAAGCUACUUACUUGAGCAACUGCUCAUCUUAAAUAGCAACAAAGCUUCUUUAUUGGAGGGAAGGAAAGUGAUGAACAAAUUCCUUCUCAUCCUUGUAUUUUGUGUAUGCAUCUUGUCUGGGAACCCAGGAUCUUUUCUGGGAACCCAUCUAAUCGCUUCCCUUCAUUUCUUGUGUUUCUAUUCUCUUUGUUUCCCUAAGCCCUCUCCCUCACAAAAACAAACAAACAAAUAAAAAAAGGAAAAAAUAAAAACUUAAAAGCUUUUGGUGAGGCCAACCUGAAGUGUAUAAAUGAUGGCUUGUAGUGGUUGCAGUAGGGGGUGUUUUGUCAUGCAGUUCAGGGGUAUGGUUAUGUAGUCUGUUGGUAUUCUCCCUCUUUCACCUCUUCUUACUCGUGUCAUCUGAAAUUUCUAUAGAAUGUGGUGUAUUUAUUGUGCUCUUAUGUAAGAUGAAGAAUAUCUAUUAAAAACUACGUUUUCCAACAGA